UGAAAAAGAGACAGAAUAUAGUACCGGGGUCGCGUAUGAAUAUAGUUGUUUACUUGGCUGCGCCUCGACCGUUUUCGCGCCAUUUUCUGGGAUGAACUGAAGUCACGGGGACAGACGGCCAAAGGCAAGCGCCAUUGUUGUUUUUCUCGGUAAAAUUUUUCUUUUCGGCGGCCACGAUGGCGGGCCCGGACGAGGAGACCCCCAGCACAGAGCAGAGAUAUCAGGAUCUCUGUAUGGACUUGAACAUGGACAAAAUUGCGACCGAAGAGGCUUGGCAGAGCUUCGAGAAAAUGAGCACGAACUACACUCUGGAGGGCGACGAUCUGCACUGGUUGGCCUGCGCCCUGUACGUGGCGUGCCGCAAGAGCCUGACGCCGACAGUGGGCAGGGGGACUGUGGAAGGGAACUGUGUCUCUCUCACCCGCUUACUCAGAUCCGCAAAGCUAAGUCUGAUCCAGUUCUUCAACAAAAUGAAGAAAUGGGCGGACAUGGCCAGCCUUCCUCAAGACUUCAGGGACAAGGUGGACCGACUGGAGAGGAACUUCGCCGUCUCCACGGUCAUCUUCAAGAAGUUUGAGCCCAUCUUCUUAGACUUGUUCAGGAACCCAGGGGAUGAUCAGCCAAGGGCACCUCGUGGGCGAAAGCAGAGACGCCUGCCGUGCACUUCAUCUGACGUUUUCUCCUUCUGCUGGACCUUGUUUGUCCAAGUCAAGGGAAAUUUCCCGGCGAUAAGUGACGACUUGGUGAACUCUUACCACCUGCUGCUGUGCUGUCUGGACUUAUUCUUUGGUAACGCACUGUGUGCAGGGAGGAAAGACCUUCUCAACACUGAGUUUCCAGCAUUGCCUGAAGGUUUUACCAACAGGGACUGGCGCUCGCCCUCGGAGCCUCCCUGUAUCAUAGACAAACUGUGUGAGCUGCACGACGGGCUGGUCUUAGAGGCCAAGGGCAUCAAGGAGCACUGGUGGAAGCCUUACAUCAAAAAACUCUUCGACAAGAAGACCCUAAAAGGAAGACAGGAGACCUUAACUGGGCUGUUGGAUCUAGCCACUUUUGAGAUCAACAAUAAGAGCAUCAACAAGGAGUAUGAGGAGUGGGUCCUGACGGUCGGGGACUUCGAUGAGCGGAUUUUCCUGGGCGAGGACGCGGACGUUGAGAUCGGAACCCCCGCCAAACCUGCACCAAACAUCACCGGCGAGCUCGGCGAGAGGAUGGUGCAGAGCAGUCAUCUGAAACAGCACAUGGCCGAGACCAAGUCCCUGGCCCCCUCCACACCGCUGACUGGGCGUCGGUACCUCAAGGAAAAGGACCCUACGGUCACGCCCGUCUCCACGGCAACCCAGAGUGUCAGCCGCCUGCAGGCCUUACUGGCUGGGCUGAAGACUUCCCCCAGCGACAACCUCACCAAGCUUUUCUCGGAAUGUUCCAGAAACCCUCAGGAAUCCAUUAGCAGCAGAAUAAAGGAGAUGGGAGAGCAGUUCUGCACCAGCUACACUCAGCCAUCCGAGGACCACCCAGGCUCGCACAUCGAGUUCGCCCAGAAGCGGCUGAGACUGGCUGAAACCCUGUACUACAAGGUGCUGGAGAAUGUCAUGCUGCAGGAGAAGAAGAGGCUGAAGGGCAAGCUGGAUCUGGUGUCGUUGAUGGAGCAGGAUGUGUUCCACAGAUCCCUGAUGGCAUGCUGUCUGGAAAUCAUCAUCUUCUCUUACAAUUCUCAAAGAACGUUUCCGUGGAUCAUCGAUGUGUUUGGCCUGAGUCCGUACCACUUCUACAAAGUUAUCGAGGUUCUGAUCCGUGCAGAGGACGGACUGUCCCGAGAUGUGGUCAAACACCUGAACUUUAUUGAGGAACAGAUCCUGGAGAGCCUUGCCUGGAAGUCAGAGUCUCCGCUCUGGGAGGCCAUGAAGAUGAACGAGAAUGCUGUUCCAUCCUGCGAGGAGGUCACCCUCCCCAGUCAGCUGGAGAACGGGCACAGCAACACCGCCGUGCGCAUGGGACAGUCACCGCCGGUGCACCCACAAGUACGCAGGAUCGCCAGGGACACUGGGGUCAUGUUGAAGAAAGUGGAGUCUCCCCUGUCGCCGCUGUCUGCACAUGACCGGUUCAGCUCGCCUGCUGCGGGCAGUCUGGGCACGGCCAAGCGCCGCCUGUUCUCUAACGACCAGACGAACAACGCAGCUACGACAACAAGUGCCCAGUCCCAGCCAGCCACUGUCCAGGUGGUGACAACAGCCACAGACCAGGGGGUACAGCAGACCAUCACACAGCAGACUGUGGCCAUACCUAUACCAUCUGGUAGCGGGACCAUCACAUACUUGGCGACCCUGCCCAUCGUCCAGCAGGUGCAGCCCGGCCAGCAGCCGCAGCAGAUCCAGCUGCAGGCGGUUCCCCAGGGCCAGCAGGUGCCGGGGGCAGGCGUGCUGGGCGCCAUGGCUCAGGCCGUGGCCACCGGACAGCAGCAGGCAGCUCCCAGUCAGACAGCCGCUGUUCCACACGGGACAGCGGCUGCUGCUGCUCCUGCAUCUGGAGAAAAGGCAGCAGCUGGUGAACAGCACCCGCACAAGCGGAUCGGGUCUCUGGGACUUUUCUUCAGAAAGGUGUAUCACCUGGCCAGCGUGCGGCUGCGGGAUCUGUGUGAGAAGCUGGAGGUGGGGGAUGAACUGCGGCGGAAGAUGUGGACGUGUUUCACACACACGCUGAAGGAACACGUGGAGCUGAUGAGGGACCGCCAUCUGGACCAGAUCGUCAUGUGCUCCAUCUAUGUCAUGGCUAAGGUAUCCGCAAACGUCACCCAGCAUGACAAGUCUUUCCAGGACAUCAUGAAGUGUUACCGUACCCAGCCACAGGCCAGCAGCCAUGUUUACCGUAGUGUGUUGUUACACGGAGACCGUGAGAGACGAAGCUCAGGGAGCAGCGAGGGCAGCGGAAAGACAUCUCCUGUCACGGCUGACAAGGACAAAGGUAACGGUGAGCGACCUAUCAGAUCAAGCAGCACAUUACCCGUGCCGGCCCCGAGCAGUGCACCGCCUACGCCCACACGGCUGGCGGGACUGGGCGCCACCGUGGACGGAGACGAGAGAGGGGACCUGAUCCAGUUCUACAACACUAUCUUUGUGACAAAACUGAAGAGCUACGUCAGAAAGUUCUCUCCCACUGGGGAUCAAAAGGCGGACUCUAACAUCCCCCAGCUGUCGCCCAUCCCCCUGCCCCGCACACACAUGCAGUCCCCCAGGAGAGUCUCCGUCAGACAUCCCAUCUACAUCUCACCCCACAAAAACGGUAGGAACUUCUGGAGGCCGUUGACCCCCACCAGUGCAAUGCUGUACUGUUUUGGGAAAAGUCCUGCAAAGAAUCUUCAGGAUAUCACCAGCAUGAUCAAGUCAGGGGAGCAGCCCACCAAGAAGAGAGCGCUCAACUACGACACGAAUGAGAACCCCGCCAAGCGACUGUGCUCUGCGGGCGGCGCGGACAGAACGUUGUUUCAGAAACUGAAGGAUAUAGACACGGUGCGACAGGCAGCUAACGCCAACCAAUAGACAAAAGUGUAUUUUUGUAAGACAUACCUGUAAAAACGGACAAAAGUGUGGUGUUUUUGUCUUUUAGUUUUUUUCUUCUGUGUAUAACAAACAAUCUUCGGAGAAUUGUAGCCUCGAAAUCAGACUUUCAAUGUGCAACGUUUUCUUAGCCUUUGCAAGUUAGCAUGUCUACAACUGUGAAAUAACUUUUAAGCAUAGUAUGGAGGAAGGGGGCUAGAAUGUAACGGUGUUAGAAAUGGAAGGGUAACAAAGACUGUAGCACCACUGUGGAAAAAAGGGCAGGCUAUUUAUACUAAUAGAGGAGUGGCUAUUUAUGAUGUAUUUUUCCACGUAUUUAUGUGAUGUGUAGACGAACACUGUCAACUAUUGGAUCACACGAGGGUGUGUAUGUGGGUUUACAGGAGUUUGCUCAUUCCACUUUCAUGUAGUACACUAAGGGAGCAUCUGGACUAGUGACAAUUGUGGCAGUUGUGAUUUCUAUGAAGACGUAGAACCCAGUGUGCCCUCUUAAAUUAACAGCAAAGGAAGAAAAAAGAAAACAAUCAUGGUCUCUUGUAACAGGUAAUAUGCAUUUAAACAACAGUAACAGAUGAAGUGUCUUGAUAUGAGGGGGUAAAAUCUGUGCAUGUUUGGAUACAGUAAUGUCAGAGGAUGUAUUUUUGACAAACCUUUGCUGGGAAGUGAAGACAAGUAGGGAAUGGCACUUUUUUCUGCCCAAUUUUAAACUUUGUUUACAUUAGUGUUGUAGUGUUUGUAAUCUAUUAUUUGUGAGUACUUUUCAGUCACAUCAAAUAGCCCUUUUCCCCCUUGUUAUGUAGACAAUGCUGUUGCCAUGGAAUGAUACCUUCCAUAUGUUUCUGUUGUUCAACCCCUAACUAUAGGUUAGAGGUUUAUAACUUCAGAAAGAUUGGAGGUGUUAGUAGUAAUAGACUUGGAGCUAGGACACGGCACGCUCUUUUGAUUUGCUAAGUUGCAACGCCAACGCCAGCCAUUUUGUGCAUAAUCUAUUGAUUAAUUUACUCAUUUUUUCAUGGUCCUUUGUCUUUGUGAUAUUGUGAUGUCUUAAUUUUAAUUGGGUAACUAGAACUUUUUCCUUUGUUGCACCUAGACCAAUGUUUUAGAACAAUUUAUUUUAGAGUUUUAUAACCAAUUGCGUAUCAAUUUGCUGUCUCAAAAGGUUUCAACCUUCUUGUGUACAGGAAUCUUAAAAAGAUUUGGACCAAAUGUGGUCGUAGAGUGGCCAUUUGCUUCGACAGGGAAGUAAAAAAGAGGAAACAUUAUGUUUCUUGUAAACAUUUGCUUGUAAAAAGAUGUAGGAAAAAAUCAAGCAAUGUACAUUUACUAGUAAUGUACUAGUGACUUGACUUUUGCAGUAAAUUUGACCAGAAAUUUUCCA